CCGGGCGGCUUCCGGUGCCGGUAGCAGCAGGCUGAGUUCGAGCCCCAGCAGCUGGAGGGGACCAUGGCCAACUGUGAGCGUACCUUCAUUGCCAUCAAACCUGAUGGGGUCCAGCGGGGUCUUGUAGGGGAAAUCAUUAAGCGUUUUGAGCAGAAGGGAUUCCGCCUUGUUGCAAUGAAAUUCAUACAGGCUUCUGAAGACCUUCUCAAAGAGCACUACAUUGACCUGAAGGACCGUCCAUUCUUUGCUGGCCUGGUGAAAUACAUGCACUCAGGGCCAGUGGUUGCCAUGGUCUGGGAGGGCCUGAAUGUUGUGAAGACGGGCCGAGUGAUGCUUGGGGAGACCAACCCGGCAGACUCUAAGCCUGGGACCAUUCGUGGAGACUUUUGCAUCCAAGUUGGCAGGAAUAUCAUUCAUGGCAGCGAUUCUGUGGAGAGUGCAGAGAAGGAGAUUGGCUUGUGGUUUCACCCUGAAGAACUGGUAGAUUACAAGAGCUGUGCCCAGAGCUGGAUCUACGAGUGACCUGGAAGCAGAAAGUGCUUCCCCUACUCCAUUCCCUCUCUCCCAUGAGCAGGGGACCAGGCUAUAGCAAAUCUAGUUAUUUCUGAGAACUUCCUUAUAAACUGGAGGAAAACUCUUGGAGCGGUGCUCCCUGUACAGUGUUAUGUGCUACCACCAGAUUAAAAUGGUUCAUCCUAACAGAGGACGUGUUCUUGUCCAUGUAGUCUG